AUGCCUUCUGGAGGGGGAAAAGCUCCGCGCCCCUGCUGCACCCGACGCAGCCGGGUGGAUUUUCAGGUUAAGCCUUCUGCAAAAUGGACCCGGGAAGCACAGUCUUUCAUAACUCAGAUGUACUUGACCGUAAACUACGCUCCUUGGAAGGCAGCAGGUGACUUUGGAGUGACACAAAAGCGAUGGGGCACUAACAGUCAGAGGACAUGCACAGGCCUUCAGCGGGAGGGUGCUGCGGAGAGAAAAUCAAGCUCUAGCAAGGAAUCUCUGUCAUCGCAAAAUACAAAAUUGAUUUCACCGUUAGUCAUUUCGCAGAUGAUUGAAGACAAUAAAUCAAAAGAAAUUUGGCCUUCUUCGCCUAUGCAGUCCAUGAUCCCCCAGCCCAGUGCUUAUCACACAACGAAAUCUUUGGCUAACCAUGGUUCGAUCAACACUAAAGGAGCAUUUACGGUACUCACCAGCAGAUUAGAAAUUCAGGCAUCUUUAGAUGACACCACGUCUCCAUCGGACUCUCCUAUCACAGGGGGAAAACAGUGUCAAAGCCAGCAGAAAGGGUUUGCUUCCAUAACUAUUACAGCCAGGCGCGUUGCUGCAGGCUCCAGCGAGCCAGCGCGUGGACCUGGGGCUGUGCAAGAGCCCAACGCCAUGUGUCCCACCUUGAGCAAAGCCCCUGCUGCUCUUCAUCACUGGCCACCACUGGACCGAGCAAAGCAUCGUUCCUUUCCGUUAAGGAUUUCUAAAUCCUACUCACAGUUAGGUGAAGAGCUACGGAAGCGUCUUUUUGACCCUGGAAACAAGGAGUACGGCGUGGGUCUUCAAAGCAGUGAUGGGAGAGAGAAAGUACCACCUUCAUUCAUCUCAUGCGUCCACCUUCAGGUUUCUCCGCAAUAUCCAAAUACUAUCUAUUAUUUAGACAAGUCGCUCAAUGUGUGCAUUGACCAACCUCAAACUAAAUGCCAAAAAAUUCACAGAUCAGCGUUGUCCUUCAAUAUAAAUUGCAGUUCGUCUAGAUUAACAGCAGAUGGAGUAGAUGGCAUAGCUAAUGGUGAGCCAACAGAGGAGAUAUUGAAGACAAAGCUCCUCGGAGAAAACAAGACUCCACUCAGUUCAAACUGGAGUGCAGACUUAGCAGAAAAUAAUGUAAUUAAUAGAGAGACAACAAAUGAAGGUUUUUUGCGUAGUAAGUACCCUUUGCAAAGUGUCUUUGUCUCUGAACUUCCAGCUUUUGUGGAUAUACCCAGAGGACCUAGUAAUGUAGUAACAACAAAGAAAGAUGAUGAUAAGCAUUCUGACAGCUAUCGCGCUACAUUUUCUUUCCAGCUUCCUAAUUCAAGUGAUGAGGCAGGAACACAAAUGCUCUUGGGAAGCAAGAAGCAGCAAUGCACCACGGGCAGGAGCAGCGCAGCAGCCUCUGGCUCUCUUCCAGAUCCAGCAUCCAGAAAAGCAACCACUGCUGCUACUGAUGGCUCAUUGAAAAAGAGAGAUCCCCCCAAAAGCACCUCCAAAUCCAAAGAGACCCAAGCCCAGGGCAUGCUGAAACCAAAAGUCUCUGCAUCCAGUAGCAUGUGCAAUAUAAAAGCUUCGUCAAGAAUCCUCUCAGAAGAAAAUGUUCACGGGCAAAACCAGCUCCUAAAAAGUGAUUAUGAAUUCUGUGGUUCAAGUGACAAAAUAAGGGAGUGCAAGGAGGAGGACGAAGAGGAGCGAGCCAGCAGGGUAACGCUAUCCACGGCUCACUUGCCAGAUGUUGCUCGUGAGAAAAACGAUGCGCUCACCCAGCCAGAAACUGGCUCCCAGCCUGAGGAAACUCCACCAGCCCCGUGGACGCUGCAGGAAGCACUAGAAAUCCACAAUCCUCAGUUCAUUUCUCGUUCACGAGAAAGGCUGAAGAAACUUGAACAGAUGGUCCAGCUGAGGAAGGCCCAGCAGAGCGAUGCUCCUGCGAGCAACCAAGGAGCGCUGGUUCGCAAGCUUUCCUCGACUUCCACUUCGAGCAGAAAAAAGCAAUACACCAUUCCUGACCCGCUCAGCGAUAACCUCUUCAAACCAAAGGAAAGAUUCAUCCCAGAGAAGGAGAUGCAUAUGAGAUCGAAAAGGAUUUAUGACAAUUUACCUGAAGUGAAAAAGAAACAAGAAGAAAAACAGAAACGGAUCAUCAUCCAGAGUAACCGACUACGUGUUGAGAUGUUUAAAAAGCAAUUACUGGACCAGCUCCUUCAAAGAAACACAGAGUGACAAAGGAUUCUCUUGCCCAUCAUCCUAAUUGGAUCUUGAAUGCCUUUGACUGCUAGAUAAGCCAUAAAAUUUAGUGUUAUCUCAAUUACCUGGAGGUGUUUUUAUUAUCUUUGGCUCUUUAAUAAAGAAAGAUCAUUUAUAUUUCAAUUUUAUUUUUAAGGCAACUUUCACAUAAUCAAAAACAGUCUAAAAGGGAACACAGCUGUUUCAGAGCAUCACCUUUUGGUCAGUUUACCCAGAGGAAAUAAUUUUAAGAAUUUUUAGUGCAAAUACUGAAUUACAGUGGUAUUAUUUAUCUUGAUCUUUUAAAAAGUAUAUGUCUCUGUAGCCAUAGAACUGGGUUCAUAAGAUCUGGAAAACUUAUGUCUCUGAUGUAUUCUAUUAAUUGAUUUCCUGUGAGUGAACUCCUCGAAGUAAAGAAAAAUUAAUAUCAUUAUUCAUUAUGUUUAGAAACUAGCUGAAAUAGCAUUACCACAUAAUCAUAGCAGCAGCAGUUUCACAUUAAUACUUAAGAUACCAAAAGGGACCAAUAUUUUAUCUCUCUGAAGAACUCUAUUCCUGUUUAUAAAAUGAAUCUACAUAGCAAGCUUACCUGUUAAAGACCAAUAUUUAAAAAUUCGAUUAUAACACUGUUUUUUAUGUUUUUCAGUGUAAUAUACAUUUUACUCCACUUCUGUGGCCAUAAAGUAUUCAUAGAAAUGGCAUGUUAAGAAGUGGUGCCAAGAAGUAUGUUUGCAUCAAAACUGCAGAACUAAAACCAUCUGUAACGUUUCCUCCAAAAGUAUUUAAACCUUUAUUUGUACAUUUUGGAAGUAAAAACAACCAGCUUACAAACCAAUGGAGUUUAUUUAUGGAAUAAAAUAUGAAU